CUGACUCGGUCUUCGCGGCAUAUAUGUGGCUUAUUAUUUUUUUUUGUUUUUAGCGCAAUUGCUGCUGGAUUCCGUGGUGGAUCAUUCGAGUAUGCAUAUUCAAGAAUCAAUCGGGCCAUAAGACACGAUCUCUUCACGGGACUUAUCAGGCAGGAUGUCGCCUUUUUUGACGCCCACAAAACAGGUGAAAUCGCAUCUCGCCUCGCCGCCGACUGUCAGACCAUGUCGGACACGGUCGCUAUGAAUGUGAACGUUUUCCUGAGAAAUACUGUCAUGUUGAUGGGAUCAAUGAUUUUCAUGAUGACCUUGUCGUGGCGACUUUCGCUAAUCACCUUCAUCCUAGUGCCCAUUAUAUUCGUUGCUUCAAAGAUAUUCGGGUCAUACUACGAUGUAAGAUUUACAGGCUUCAAGCUUCAACUUUAUGAAAGAGUUUUUGUUUCGAGGAACACCUUUUUACACUUUCCGGUACAAGGUUAUUUCUAA